CAACAACUUUCGUUUCCUUGUUUAUUAUCCUGCCUUCUCAGAUGUUGCAGCACUCAUCUCUGAGUUUAUCAGCUCCUCCAAACCAGAAAAGAAAACUGGCAAAUUCUGGAGAUGUAGCAUUUAUAGGCUCCAGUCAGUGUAAACUCAGACUUCAGACGCUUGUUGAUAUUUUAUCAGGGAAGGCUACAGAUGAUCCCAUUGGUUGUUUUGACUGAGAAGCUAAACAAAGCCAGCCUCUUGCACGCCUAGGUUUGGAGUAUCCCACACAAACUUUCUGCACCAGCUAGAAAGUCCUGUUUCUCCAAGAAGACCAAGGAAACUCCAGGGAGUCCCAGAGGCAAGAUGGACCUGAACAGUAAGCGACUGGUAGUGGUGGUACCAAAUGAAGUGCUGGCCUCCUCUCGCAGAGUGUUCAGCAGCGAUGACGAGGCAUGGAGGAGCUACCUGGAGAACCCACUGACUGCCGCCACCAAGGCCAUGAUGAGCAUCAAUGGAGACGAGGACAGCGCUGCAGCACUGGGGCUGCUGUAUGACUAUUACAAGGUUCCCAGAGAGAGGAGACGGACCUCCAGUGGACCUGAUAACUGUGGCAGCUUGGAGACAUUAGACCACCAUCCUCAGGCUCUCAGAUCAAUGCCUGUCAACCUCUCCCUAAACCACAGCACUGCUACAGAAUACCACGGCUCCAAGUAUGAAACCACUUGCCUCUCAUUGGACUCCAGAGAAGGAGUCGGUAAAGCGGAAGGCGGGGCAGCUCUGGCUCUGGCUCUGGUCAAGUCAGAGAGCCAGACUUCCAUGGGAGUUUCCUGUUCUGGAGGCUCCUACCGAGAAGAACCCAGUGAGCCAAAAAGGAUGCUUUAUGAACAGAGCCACUUUAAUUUGCCCGGGGCACGGUAUUUAAAAGAUGAGCAGAGGAGCACCCCAGACAGUCUGUGUGAGGAAGAUGAAGGAGAGAUGUACAACACAGGUCCCUCCUUGGGGGUUGAAGAACUCCAAUACAGCCUCUCAAACGACAGUUUCAGGUACCGUCUGGAGGCCAGCAUGUCACUGAGACCGCGGCAGGGAAGUGGACCCAUGGCUUACCUGAACAGGGGCCAGUUUUAUGCUUUGACCUUGUCGAAGGCCUCCUGCAUGUUGUCCUCACAUCCGCCCAGAAGCACAGGGCUGGAAAGAGGGCUGCUGCUACCACAUGGGCCUAAUGGGAGCCGAUCCAGCGGAGAGCAAUGCAUCAUGGGAGGCUCUGAGCUGCAGCAAGACAGUAUUGUACAGAGUGUUAUCAUGGUUGUCUUUGGUGACGACAAAUGCAGAGAUGAGCAGCUAAAUAAUUGGAAAUACUGGCACUCCCGGCAGCACACUGCGAAACAGAGAGUCCUGGAUAUUGCUGAUUACAAAGAGACCUUCAGCAUGAUCGGGAAUGUGGAGGAAAUUGCGUAUAACGCUGUCUCCUUUACAUGGGAUGUGGGCGAAGAAGCCAAGGUCCUCAUCUCUGUGAAUUGUUUAAGCACAGACUUCUCCUCACAGAAAGGUGUGAAAGGGAUGCCUCUCAUUAUCCAGAUAGACACCUACAGCUACAACAGCUGCAGCAGCAGACCUAUCCACAGGGCCUCUGCUCAGAUCAAGGUCUUCUGUGACAAGGGUGCUGAGAGGAAGCUUCGUGAUGAGGAGAAGAAGCAGCUCAGGAAGAAGGUGAAAGGUAAAAACAGCAGCUCAGGGCUGACCUCUCCGGUUAAGAGGGCUGAUCACACGCUGUUAAAAACCGUGACGGACCUGGACUCACAGCCGGUUCUCUUCAUUCCUGACGUCCACUUUGGGAACCUGAAGAGAGCCGGGCAGGUGUUUGCCUUCAACUCAGGGGAGAUCAACAGAGAGGCAAGUGGUGUUCUUGUGAAAAGGGUGUCACCUCCUACUGAGAAAAAUGCCUGCCCACCUCUUCCCAAGAAGCCCAAAGUGGAACAGGAAAAGAAAGUUCUCCUGUACGUGAGAAAGGAGAGCGAUGAUGUGUUUGACGCCUUGAUGUUGCACACCCCGACGCUCAGAGCGCUGAUUGAGGCCAUCUCAGAGAAAUAUGCACUGCCUGUUAACAAAAUCAACAAAGUUUACCAGAAGAGCAAAAAAGGGGUCCUGAUGAAUGUGGAUGAUAACAUCAUCCAGCACUACUCCAAUGAGGACACAUUCAUCCUGGCCAUGAAGAGCUCAGCAGACUCCUUGCACAUCACUCUGUCAGAAAUCUGAUGUUUUUUUGGAGUGACGCUUUCCCCUCGCAAGGAUGAAGCAGCUGCUUACGAGAAAACAUGUGGAAGUUCCCAGAUUUGUGUCUCUGGGAGGGAACACUCAAAGACAAGCAGUGUACAGUGUUUUAACUUGUUGUGUCUCCUGAGAUAGACGCUUUGACAUAACUUCAUAAGGUGCUUUUGUAUUGUUCUGUACAUAUGUGACCAUUUUAUGAUGUACCCGUUUCACGUCAAGUCUCUAAGUCAAAGCGAUCUUUCUUUAUGUCAUUGUUUAUUGAUUACACAUUUUUACUGCAUACUUAAUGUUCCAGUUGGUGCCAGUGGAUGAGAGUUACCAGCUUGUGGUGGCAUGCUGGGGUCUCAGACUCUAUAAUUACACUGUUACAGAACAAGACUGCCAUCCCCAGGAUAUCAUUAAACCGUUCUCCCUUCAUAGAUUUAUUGCUUUCAUUCUCAGUGAAGAGAUUAGACUCGUUAGUGUCACUGAUCACUGAAGACCCAGCUACCACAUACGACUGCAGCUCUUUUCAGUCACUCUUUUCCUUUGCAUUUCCAGAGUUAGCAUCUAUUUACCGAGUGUCUGAAACCUACACUUGCUUCAAACUCCAUGAAGUAAAGUCUUUUGAAUUUGCCAAUAAAUAUAGUUUUAUAUGUA